GUGUUCACAGGCAUCUUCACAGCGGAGAUGGUUCUGAAGAUCAUCGCUAUGGAUCCGUAUUAUUACUUUCAGCAGGGCUGGAACAUCUUUGACAGUCUGAUCGUGAGUCUGAGUCUCAUGGAGCUGGGUUUGUCCAACGUGGAGGGUUUGUCCGUCCUGCGCUCCUUCAGACUGCUGCGAGUCUUCAAGCUGGCGAAGUCGUGGCCGACGCUGAACACGCUCAUAAAGAUUAUCGGGAACUCGGUGGGCGCUCUGGGGAACCUGACCCUGGUUCUGGCCAUCAUCGUCUUCAUCUUCGCUGUGGUCGGCAUGCAGCUGUUCGGGAAGAACUACGAGUCGUGCGUCUGCAAGAUCUCCAGGGACUGUACGCUGCCCCGCUGGCACAUGAAGGACUUCUUCCACUCGUUCCUCAUCGUUUUCCGGGUCUUGUGCGGAGAGUGGAUUGAGACCAUGUGGGACUGUAUGGAAGUGGCGGGUCAGCCACUCUGCAUCCUGGUCUUCAUGCUGGUCAUGGUCAUCGGUAACCUGGUGGUCUUAAACCUCUUCUUGGCGUUGCUCUUGAGCUCCUUCAGCGCAGACAACCUCUCGGCUCCGGACGAGGACGGCGAAAUGAACAACCUGCAGAUCGCCAUCGCUCGCAUCCAGCGCGGGAUGCUGUGGCUCCGGCUGGCGCUCUGCGACUUCUUCAACGGGAACUUCAAGCGUCGCCGGCAGAAGGCCAAGGAGGCCAAAGCCAUGCUGAAGCUGAAGAGACUGAGCCAGCAGACGCACUGGGCCGAGGGCAACGGGACGGCCGUCAUCGAGCGCAGCGGAGAGGACGACAGCUACAUGACCAACCCCAGCCUCACCAUCAGCGUUCCCAUCGCUCCCGGAGAGUCCGACCUGGAGUUCCCCGAGGAAGAGGAUGAAGAGGAGGAGGAAGAAGAAGAGGUCAGCGAGAGCGAGGAGGAGGAGCGAGAGGAGAUCAAACCGAGAGACGACGCCAGCCUAUCAGAGGGCAGCACAAUCGACCUCAGGAAACCCGGCGAGGAGGAAGAUGAAUACUCUGAGACAGCCGAAGAAGCCAUGGAUCCGGAAAACUGCUUUCCUGAUUUUUGUGUACGUCGUUUUCAGUGCUGUGACAUCAGCACAUCCGAGGGUUUGGGUCGAGCCUGGUGGCGUCUGAGGAAGACUUGUUAUCAGAUAGUGGAGCACAGCUGGUUUGAGAGCUUCAUCAUCUUCAUGAUCCUGCUCAGCAGCGGAGCGCUGGCAUUUGAAGACAUUUACAUUGAGCAAAGGAAAGUGGUCAAAGUGGUGCUUGAAUACGCAGACAAGAUCUUCACCUACAUCUUCAUCUUGGAAAUGGGUCUGAAGUGGAUCGCCUACGGUUUCAGGAAGUACUUCACCAACUACUGGUGCUGGCUGGACUUCCUCAUUGUGGAUGUGUCUCUCGUAAGCCUGGUAGCAAACAUGCUGGGCUACUCGGACUUUGGUGCCAUCAAAUCUCUCAGAACUCUUAGAGCCCUCAGACCGCUGAGAGCGCUGUCCCGGUUUGAAGGAAUGAGGGUGGUGGUGAACGCUCUGAUCGGGGCGAUCCCGUCCAUCAUGAACGUGCUGCUGGUGUGUCUCAUCUUCUGGCUGAUCUUCAGCAUCAUGGGAGUCAAUCUGUUCGCCGGGAAGUUUGGCCGCUGUGUCAACCGCACCGGCUUCAUCCACAACGCCUCCUUCAUCAACAACAAGAGCGAGUGUCUGGAGAUGAACAGCACGCAGUAUUACUGGACCAAAGUCAAGGUUAACUUCGAUAACGUGGGCGCUGGGUACCUCGCGCUGCUGCAAGUGGCCACGUUCAAGGGCUGGAUGGAGAUCAUGUACGCCGCGGUCGACUCACGAUCCGUGGAACAGCAGCCCAUUAAAGAGAACAGCCUGUACAUGUACCUGUACUUCGUCAUCUUCAUCAUCUUCGGCUCCUUCUUCACGCUCAAUCUCUUCAUCGGUGUCAUCAUUGACAAUUUCAACCAACAGAAGCGAAAGUUAGGAGGACAGGACAUCUUCAUGACAGAAGAACAGAAGAAAUAUUAUAAUGCCAUGAAGAAACUGGGAUCCAAGAAACCUCAGAAACCCAUCCCAAGACCUGCUAACCCGAUCCAAGGAUUCUUCUUCGACUUGGUGUCCAAACAAGCCUUCGACAUCAUGAUAAUGCUGCUGAUCAUCCUGAACAUGGUGACGAUGAUGGUGGAGACGGACGAACAGUCUCCCAGCAUCGAGAUCAUCCUCUACUACAUCAACCUGGCCUUCAUCAUCAUCUUCACCACCGAGUGCAUCAUCAAACUCAUCGCCCUGCGCUGCUACUUCUUCACCAUCAGCUGGAACAUCUUCGACUUUGUGGUUGUCAUCCUCUCCAUUGUGGGCAUUGUUCUGGCGGAUAUCAUCGAGAAGUACUUCGUCUCACCAACGCUCUUUCGCGUCAUCCGUUUGGCUCGAAUUGGACGAAUCCUUCGACUCAUCCGAGGUGCGAAGGGAAUCCGGACACUACUCUUCGCUUUAAUGAUGUCACUUCCCGCGCUCUUCAAUAUCGGCCUGCUGCUGUUCCUCGUCAUGUUCAUCUACGCUAUCUUUGGCAUGGCCAACUUCGCCUACGUCAAGAAGCAAGGCGGCAUCGACGACAUGUUCAACUUCGAAACGUUCGGAAACAGCAUGAUCUGCCUCUUCCAGAUCACAACAUCGGCUGGAUGGGACAAUCUCCUCAAUCCAAUCCUUAACAACUCUCCGGAAGAGUGCGACCCGUAUGUUCCUCACACUGGAACGAACGUUCGCGGAAACUGCGGGAAUCCUUCGGUGGGCAUCACGUUCUUUGUAACCUACAUUAUUAUUUCGUUUCUCAUCGUGGUCAACAUGUACAUCGCGAUUAUAUUGGAGAACUUCAGCGUGGCCACCGAGGAGAGCACAGAGCCUCUGAGCGAGGACGACUUUGAAAUGUUUUACGAAGUCUGGGAGAAGUUCGAUCCGGAAGCGACGCAGUUUAUCGAAUACUCUAAACUUUCAGAUUUCGCAGACUCACUCUCCGAGCCUCUGCGUAUCGGCAAGCCCAACAAAAUCAAACUGAUUUCCAUGGACCUGCCAAUGGUGAGCGGUGACAAGAUCCAUUGUUUGGAUAUCCUCUUUGCGUUUACCAAACGUGUUCUUGGAGAGUCGGACGAAAUGGAUGCAUUAAAGCAACAAAUGGAAGAGAAGUUCAUGAUGGCGAACCCGUCCAAGAUUUCCUACGAACCGAUCACGACGACGCUUCGGCGCAAGCAAGAGGAAGUUUCUGCAAUCAUGAUUCAACGUGCAUAUCGGAGGCAUCUACUGCGACGGCAGCUGAAACAAGCUUCGCUACUUUAUCGUCAACUCCACAUGCCAGACGCCGCCAAAGAUGGCGACAGUUCACCGGAGAGCGAAGGACUUAUAGUUGCGAUGAUCAUGGAGAACUACGGCGCCGAAGCCGAAGUUACAGACACACUGUCAGCUACUUCGUGUCCGCCAUCCUACGACAGCGUCACACGAGCGACUUGUGAGCUUUUUCACUCUCUAAUCCCGGAUGCCGCGAACACGGACCUGAGCGAACCUUUCACAGACCGAGAUCGCGAGACGUUUCUGUGAUGACGGACGUCUUUUCCUUUUGUUUACCGAAUGUAACAUAGACACAAUACCCUCUGAGGUUUUUGCAGACUGUUUUAUUUCUCUUGUGGUUCACGUUUGUUUGAAUAUACAAGGGGAAAGUGUCGCAGACAUGCUCUUUGAACAUGCACACAUCAACCUUCACAGUUUGAAUGCAUGAAUGAGAUUCAUAGUCGCAGAUAUAGAGGAUGUAAUCAUCGUAUAUUAGACUGAAAGCAACGUAAGUUCAUUAAAGGUCUUACUUAAAAUGGCGUGAUUCCUUUUAAGAUUUGAGAUGACGUAGAAGAAACUUAGCGGUGCAUCCAUGUUAUAAAUAUUCAUACUUCACGCUUUGGAAAGCAUGACGAUUACCUCUUUCUGAUUUGUGUCGCUAGCGAUGAAAAGGCAGUGGUAUUUGCACUUUCUGUUGUUUUUUGCCAUUUCUUAUGACGUUUCGCUAGGUGUUGUUAUAUCAAGACUAGUAAAAGACAAUCAAAUGGUCACUUGCUUAAAACCUGUCUUUACUAAGUUCUUGCAAACUAUUGCACAUGC